AUGGAAGAACAACAAGUUGCCGGCAGUGUGCAAUACGCCUUUGGCCCUGAUGGGGUCCUAGUAACAGGUCCAGUCUUGAUGGAUGAUCCAGCAACCGGUAAAAUCAUCUGCGCCUUCUGCCGGGUAUCCAAGGCAGAGCACAGCUUCCUGACUAUGCCACCGUAUAACUUCAAAAGUCAGUUCUGCCUAGACUGCGAAAGACCUCGACCAGAUCAGCCUCCACCUUCAACCCUGGGCAAGCGAGGUUUGGAUGACGAAGAGCCAGAAAGCACAGUACCUAGGUCUGAUUUGACAAAGAAGUCGAAAGGCGAAGAGACAAAGGACCAGGUUGCAUCGUCGGAAUCCUAA